AUGAGGCCAAAACCAGACCAAACCCGCAGUCUGGAAGCCUGGAAAAACGGAGUCAAGCAGUCGGGGGCUUUGAGUGGCGAACUGCAGCACACACGUUCCUCUGUCACACAUGUUGUGUCAGAAAACAACAGUGGAGAUGAAGUCCAGGCCUGGUUGGACAACCAAACUGGACGAGAUGCCUCCAGUUCUGUCCAUUUGUUGGACACCAGGUGGUUUUCGGAGAGCAUGGAGGCAGGACAUCCCGUUAUAGUUCAGGACCGACACAUAUUAAAGGUUAACCCGAAACCCAGCGGAGACCCCACUGCAAUGCUGAUGAAAAGUUAUGCCUGUCAAAGAUGA